AUGAGCUACUAUUCGGACGACGAGGAUCUCGACAUCCACGUCUCGCGCCGCCGCGCUCCCUCGCCCUCACCCGUCCAUUACGUCGAGGCGAGACCAAGACCUCGCAGCUACUAUCCCACCGCCGCCCAGCCCAGUUACUUGACUCCGGAGCGUACCGUUAUAGCCACGCGCACUCGAUCCCGCUCUCGGGAGCGUCGUUCUCCUCCCAGCAGCACUGCACCGACGCAGCCUCCGGCUCCGGUCAUCAUCAACAACCGUAUCUAUAACGAACACUCAUCAGACGAUGAAGACGACCGCCAGCUGCAGUACCGCUCUCACCACCGAUCUCGUUCUCGCCAUUCCACCUCGCACUCCCGCUCGCCGUCUUCCUCCUAUAUGACUCGCGAGGACUACGAGGCUGAGCGUGCUCGUCAUGAGCUCCAGGAGCUGAGGCUUAACGCGGAGCGAGAAAAGGAAGAACAUCGUGUCCAGAUGCGGUACCAAAACGCGGCCGAGCUUCAGCUCGCUAAGCGUGAUCUAGAUGAAAUCCGGAACCGUGAGGCCCGUGCCUCGGAACAGAAACGCUUCAAGACUCAAAUCGAGUUGGAAAAGUAUCAAGAGGACCUCCGAGAGGCCGACGAGGCCAAGGAGCGGGAGAGGGAAGCCGCCGACGCUGUGGAGCGCUACAAGAGGAAGGAGGCUGAGCGAAUCGCUCGAGAAAAGAAAGAAAAGGAAGAUCGCGAAAAGGAGUUCCAGAGGCGCCUCCAGGAGGAGCGCCAGAAAGAACUUGACCGCCUGGCCAAAGAGAAGAAGGAGAGGGAGGAACGCGAUAAAGAGUAUCGGAGGCGCCUCCAGGAAGAUUUGAUCAAGUCGGGUCUGGACGAAAAGGCCAUUGCCGCAAUCCUGAAGAAGGAGAAGAUUCCUCAGCCGCCAAAGCAGAAGCCUGCCCCCGCCCCCGCCCCCGCCCCCGCUCCCAUCCAUAUCCAUGAGCAGCAUAUGCAUGCCCUGGUACCUGCUGAGCGUCCGACCUACACCCGCAUGGCCCGGAAGCAUCUGUCGAUCGAGACGCUAAGGACAUAUCGCGUUGAGUGGGAAUUGGAUACAGAUCCCGAGUACGUGCUGAUUAAGCGAUGGGUUCCUGAGUGGGAACAAGACACCCUGUGGAGGCAUACCAGGGCGCUUCGCGAGAAACGGUCUUCCAAGCUGGUGCUGGAGAUCGAGGACAAGAAGUCUCGUCGUCACGAACCCGAGUUCGAAUGGGUUAGGAAGAAGAGCGACCGCAAGAGGAGCAAGUCCCCAGCAUUGCUCAUGUAUCUUGCGGGAGCGAAGCCAGCCUGA